GGCGAUGUGCCGCUGCUGCUGCUGCAGUUGCUGUACAUCCGUCGGGUUCUCAUCUCUUCUUCCCGAACAAGAGCAAAACCGCGAUCAAAAUCUCAUCUUUUGCCAACCCUAGCCCUCCAAUCCAUCUUUGAUCUCCAAAAUUUCCCCAAGAGACUAACCCUAGAUCUGUUCUAUUGGAGAUGUCGAGCCAGCCUCAGUUUAGGUACACCCAGACUCCGUCGAAGGUGCUGCACCUUCGAAACCUGCCAUGGGAGUGCGCUGAGGAGGAGCUUGUUGAGCUUUGCAAGCCCUUUGGCCGCAUCGUUAAUACCAUGUGCAACGUUGGUGCCAAUCGCAACCAGGCUUUCGUCGAAUUUGCUGACCUUAAUCAGGCAAUUUCGAUGGUUUCAUAUUAUGCUUCUUCAUCUGAGCCUGCACAAGUUCGGGGCAAGACCGUUUAUAUUCAAUACUCUAACAGACAAGAGAUAGUCAACAAUAAGAGCUCUGGAGAUGUUGUUGGGAACGUGUUGCUUGUUACUAUUGAGGGUGUUGAGGCAGGUGAUGUCAGCAUAGAUGUUAUUCAUCUGGUGUUCUCUGCUUUUGGUUUUGUUCACAAAAUUGCUACCUUUGAAAAAGCUGCCGGGUUUCAGGCAUUAAUUCAGUACUCUGAUGCGGAUACUGCACUAAAUGCAAGAAAUGCUUUGGAUGGGAGAAGUAUUCCAAGUUACUUGCUUCCAGCACAUAUCAGCUCAUGCCACUUGCGGAUCUCAUUUUCUGCCCAUAAAGAUUUGAAUAUCAAGUUCCAGUCACAUCGUAGUAGGGAUUAUACAAAUCCUUAUCUUCCUGUCAACUCAUCUGCAAUUGAGGGAACUUUGCAGCCAACUGUAGGUGUCGAUGGGAAGAAAAAAGAGCCUGAGAGUAAUGUGCUUCUUGCUUCUAUUGAGAACAUGCAAUAUGCGGUGACAGUAGAUGUCCUUCAUACAGUAUUCUCAGCAUUCGGUUAUGUCCAGAAGAUUGCAAUAUUUGAAAAGAAUGGUGGAACACAGGCUCUGAUUCAGUAUCCUGAUAUCACAACAGCUGCAGUUGCAAAAGAAUCUUUAGAAGGACACUGCAUCUAUGAUGGUGGCUAUUGUAAGCUUCAUCUGUCAUACUCUCGUCAUACUGAUCUCAAUGUAAAGGCAUACAGUGAUAGAAGCCGAGACUAUACAAUUCCUGAAGCAGGUUCAUUUGGGGUGCCACAAGCUUCUGGCUUGCCAACCUCUGCCACUGGUUGGCAGGUCAGCCCACAUUCUGGACCUAUGUACUCUGGUGGUGCAGCAGUUGCUCCUACUGGUGAAAUGCAGGCUUGGGAUGCAACCAUGCAGGCUAAUGGACACACCUUUGCUGCCGCUCCUAGUAACAUGGGCGCUCAGCCAUAUUUGCCGCCGUCUUCUGGUCCGCAAUACACGAGAGAUCCAAUGGCUGCACCUUCAGCUCUUCAGCAGAUGCCUCAGUAUGGUGCACGGCCGGGAGUAGGAUCUCCGUCAGCUGGUCAGCCACCUGUGUACUACAGUUAGUUGCUCUAACGGCUACCUUUUGCAUCCAGCGUUAUAUAUGUUUUUUACAUCUUGUGUGCCCUUUUUUUUCUCCAUGUGGCUUAAGUAAUACUGCAAACAAGGUUUUACAGUAGCUGUGUUGAUACUACUGCACUAUAUUUUGUUGCCCAGAUUGUGAAAGUUAGCUAAUUUUAGAAGGUUUUGUGUUGUUUUUUCAA